UCAGCCAGACUUACAGCGGUUAUUUUUAAGUUUACCUUUCAUUUCCAGGAUACCAUCAGACAAGUUUGAAUGAAACUUUGUGAUCACUUUACAAAUAAACAACAUAACACAGGAAGCAAUGCUAAAUAAUCACAGCUAAUACUGUGUUCCAGAAAAAACAUAUUCAGCCAGAUGAGACAUUCAGGUGUUUGUGGCGCCCCCUGUAGGACGUAGUUUUCUUGGUUAAGACUGAGACUCAUGAAAUACAACUUUAUUAAAUUUUAUUUUUUGUGAUAAUUGAAAACUAUCAGACAGGAGAGUAAAUAUGGCAGAAUGAACUGAAAAAAGAAGAGAGUUAGAAUUAAAAGGGGAGGGAAAAGGGUAGAAAAUGAUGGAAAAGCGGGAAAUGAGGGAAAAGCGAAGGAGGAGAGGAUGAAACAAGAGAUAGUGGAACAAAAGAUGAGAAAACAAGAGAAGAUGCAAUGAGAGAAUACUGGCCCUGAAUGGAGGAGUUUGAAAGAGGAAACAUAAGAGGAGGAGAUUAAAUACCGUGGAUUUAAACAAAAGAAGAUGCAGAAGAAAUCUUUCAAAGGAAAGGGGAAAACAGAAAGAAAAUAAGUGGGAAGGAAGAAGGAAUGAGAAAAGUAAAUAGGAAACGAGGGAAGGAGGGAAUGACAAACGGUGAGAGGAGAAAAAAGCAAAAGAAGAGGAAAAAGAAAAAAAGAUGUUUAAAAGAAGCGCGUGUUCUGAAAGCAGUGGAAAAAGUGAAUAUUCGGCUCAGUUCAAAGGCACGCGGCGAGCUGCAGCUCCGCGCGAGGGAAGGGGGGGUGGAGGGGAAGGAUGGCUUCCAGAUUUACUGUGGAAAGUUGAAAGAGUGUCGGCGACCGCGAGCGUGUCCGCAAGCGUCUGUUCGCGCGCGUAUUCUCUGAGUGAGCGAGCUACGUUUCACCCUCUGUCUCUCUCUCUCUAUCUCUCCGUACAUUUCCACGUGCGAGAGCGAGGGAGAAGGGGAGGGGCGCUUCUCCCUCUCUCCCUCCCUCUGCCUCUCCCUCUCUCUGCCUACUUUGCAUAUUCCGCGUGCCUCGGCUCGGCCAUAUGGGAAAAUGCAACUGAAGGAAUUGUCGGCGGGGAAAAAAACGCGCAGGCAGGAGCACGCGAGCGGAGCGGCGAGAGUUUGAGACCAUAACACAAACCCAGAAAAGUUAAAAUAGCAGAAGACGAAGAAGAAGCAGCAAAGGUGGAGAAGAAGAGACGAGAAGGGGCGGGGGGAGUGUUAGCCUGAAGAAACCAAAGCGAAAGAAGACAGCGAAAGAGAGAAAAAAGGGGGAGAAAUAUAGUUUUUCUUCUUUCUGCGGAGGAGAGGAACGAUGUAUUGUGCGUACACCAUCCCCGGGAUGACAGGCAGCUCACUCAUGUACUACUACAACGGCAAAGCGGUAUACGCUCCAUCUGCCAGUACAGCCGACUACAACAGGGACUCACCGGGUUAUCCCUCCUCCAAACCUCCCAGCGCUGGCUUUCCAAGCUCAUUCUUUAUGCCAGAUGGUCACCACAGCGGUGAUCCCUGGAGCAGCAGUAGUAGCAGUAUGAGCCAGCAGGGUUACCAUGGCAGCAUGCUGGGGGGUGGGAAUUCAGCCCACGGCCCUUCCCAGAGCUCCUCCUACUGCGGGAUUCACCCUCAUGACAGACUGAGCUACCCCUCACACUCAUCUGCAGAUAUCAACUCCAGCCUUCCUCCCAUGUCCAGCUUCCACAGAGGAGGAGGCGGCGGGGGCAGUGGCAAUCACUACAGCACCGCCUCUUGUACCGCCCCCACCAACGGCACAGACAGCGUCAUGGCUAACCGAGCACAGAGCGGAGCAGCCAGCAGCUCUCAAACAGGAGACGCCUUAGGGAAAGCACUCGCAUCGAUCUAUUCUCCAGAUCACACGAACAACAGCUUCUCAUCCAAUCCUUCCACCCCCGUGGGCUCCCCGCCCUCCCUCACAGCUGCCAGUUCAGCCGUCUGGUCGAGGAAUGGUGGACAGGGAGCAUCGUCACCAAACUACGAUGCUCCACUCCACUCUCUGCAAAGUCGCAUUGAGGACCGUCUGGAGCGUUUGGAUGACGCCAUCCAUGUACUCCGAAGCCACGCGGUGGGACCAUCGACGGGUAUGGCCAGCGGCCACGGCGACAUGCACAGCCUCAUCGGGGCUGCUCAUACGCACAACGGCGCCAUGGGCGCUCUCAGCAGCGGAUACGGUUCGGGACUCCUAUCAGCCAACAGACACUCCCUCAUGGUGGGCUCCCACAGAGAAGAUGGCGGCAGUUUGCGUGGAGGACACUCAAUGGCGGGUCAGGUGUCGGUGUCUCAGCUGCCAGUUCAGUCGGCCACCUCGCCGGACCUCAGCCAGUCUGACCCUUACCGCGCUCUGUCUGGAGGCCUUCAGGGUCAGAGCACCUCCUCCGUUAGCUCAGAAAUCAAGUCUGAGGACGAGGGAGACGAGAACCUUCUGCAAGACACAAAGCCCCUGGAUGCCAAGAAGGAGGACAUGGACAGCAAGGAUCUCAAAUCUAUUGAGAGCAACAACGACGAUGAGGACUUGUCGCCAGAGCAGAAGAUGGAGAGAGAGAGGGAGAGGAGGAUGGCCAACAACGCACGGGAGCGCCUGCGCGUCCGCGACAUCAACGAGGCGUUCAAGGAACUGGGCAGGAUGGUCCAGCUGCACCUGAAGAGCGACAAACCCCAGACCAAGUUACUGAUCCUGCACCAGGCCGUGGCCGUCAUCCUCAGCCUGGAGCAACAAGUCCGAGAGCGAAACCUGAACCCUAAGGCGGCCUGCCUGAAGCGCCGCGAGGAGGAGAAGGUCACCGUGACGUCAGACGGGAACCCGCUCUCUCUGGCCGCCGCCCACCACGCUGCAGCAACCAUGGGUGACGGAGCGAACCCCAUGGGACAAAUGUAAAACGCAGCAACAUCUCCUCCCCCCUGAAUGGUCCAAGGUGCCAGAGUUCAUCAAAAUGAUGAGUGACCACUUCCUCUGAUGGCGUUUCCAUGACAACCUGGCAAUCGAUCAAACCCAGCCUGACCACUUCUACUUCUCUGGAAUUAUCGGCCUGACCAAUCCGAUCAGCCUCCAUCUCUCACACGUCGCCUCCUCCUCCUCCAUCUGUCGGGAACUGCUCUUUGUCUUUUUUUUUUUCUUUUUUUUUGCAUCUCUAGCCGAAGCGAACUGGAUGCUUUGUUUGCGGAGAUGUUAAAAAUGGCUGCUAUGAAGUGGCAGCAACGGAAUCACAUCACCCAAGAAACUGUCCUUGUACCACAUGAUUUAUCAGCAUUCCCAGUUUUAAAGAACAAAAAGGUUCUAUAUAAAUAUAUAUAGUAGAUAUAUAUAGAGAGACAGAAAAAAGUUGAAAAAAAAGACUUGUUUAAAAAGUGCAACUUGACGCGGGCAGUGAGGAAGGUCGGGGUUGGGGAGGGAUGUGAAGAAUGGAACAAAACAUAUCACAAAGUGUUUAAAGAGAUUUCUUUUUUUAAAGCAGCAUUGCGCAGCUGUAGACUGCAGCCUCAGCGCGUCUCUGACUGAACGGCAAUCUAACGCCACACUGUGGAUGAAGCUGUGCCUGAUCCCCUCUUGGAUGCAAAGUCAGACAGAUGCACACGAAAGCAGACAAAAACUAGAAAAAAGCAACAAGAAAACUCCAGGAAGGCCCCACACUUAGACACUCUGUGUUUUUUCAAGUACAAACUGCUACGAGGAAAACAUUAGGAAGCCUUAAUGCUUCUCCGAUGUGCUUGAACUACAGAGUGAUGUGAAUUAAAAACUUCACAAUUGCUUGACUAUCAUAGGCGUUGCAGAGAGGAGCAGGUGUUAGACGAGAAAGGAAUAGCUCGCUCUCCUCUUCUAGUGCAUUCCCUGCUAAAGUGCAAACAUUUAGAUUGUCGUAAAAGAAAUCUGAACCGUGAAGUUUGCAUCUUUAUUAGUGCUUCAUGCUGUUAGCCACAUCAACUCUUCACUCAGCAGAACUUGUGAUCUCACGUCUUCAUAGCGUGAAUACAAGUACGAUAAAAGGCUCAGACAUCAGUAGCCUGUGUGUACGGCAUCUAAUGGGAGGAAAAGAGUUGUUAAAUAAUCAAUCAUUGAAUCAAACAUCAGCCAAUCAGCAUUUGACUUCAGAGGGACGAGGGUGUUAAAGUGAUAGAAGAUGAAGGUAAUACGAGUGUACAUACAGCAGAAAGUUUCAGACCAGAAAGAUUGAUUGAUUGGGAUUUGGAUCGGAUCUGGACUGAUCUGGACUUACCAGGUUCAGUACAUUCCCUGAAUCGUGCUACUUGAAUGCUCAAAGGAAUCAAAACAAAAUCCUAACUGAUGAUGAUGAUGAUGACACUGCAGAGGGAAACCUAGGGAACAAUCUUCAGGGUAAGGGAGGAGGGUUAUCUAUCCUAGGGGGCAAGUAGAAGUCGUUAAAGCAUUGUUUUGAUUUCCUGCACUCUCGGAAAAUAAAGUACCUUUCGGGGUACAAAGGAUUGUCACUGGGAUGGUUCCCUCAAAUGUACUGCUGUCGUACUCAACAGUGGGUACUCAUUUGUACCCUUGCAGUUUGUACCUUAUAAAGACUAGUAUUGUUCAGUUAGGCUACAAGAUGUCCUCAGAAGUACAAUACUGGUCUUUAUAAGAUACAAACUGCAAGUUUAUGUUGGUACCCACUUCAAAGUUAUAAAUAGUAAAUGAUGUGCUGCGUCACUUCUGCAUCAGAUAGCUGCCUGAUGGUUGUGGUUAGGGUCGUAUGUUUCCCAAUUGUAAAGCAACACUACUGAAUUUUGGCAGAUUUAUUCAUGACGGCUAAUUCAGCAUCCAUCUUCAUCCUGUCUCUUCUCUGGGAUCUCUCCACCCAGUAAAAGUCUGAUGUAGACUCUUGUCAUAUCUCUUGCUCUGUCCUUUACUGUCUUUCUUUUCCUUUCUUCCUCCGAUAAUGUCCUCUUAGGUUUCUUUGAAAAGGCAGCCACAGUGUGGGUUCAAAACAGUGUGUUGAUAUCCAUACAGCAACAUACUGCUGUAAAGUGAUGCAGCAUCCCAGAAAAAGAAGUUGUGAAAUACAGUUUUUCAGCCUUUGACGCUGCACGGCAACAACAGCUCCAUGAAUGUUCAGGAUAAAAGUCACUGUGCCAUGAAAACAAGCCACAAGCACAUAGUUUAAGGUCAGAAAGUUACAUAGGGCUACUUUAAGAACCACAGGAAGUUGUAAUAGAUUGCAGACAGCCAUGGUUUGUGUUGCAAACUCGUAACAUGAGCUGUGUUACAUGAACCCGGUUAAUGCAGCUUUCUGAUGCAGAAGUAACGCAGCGUUUAAAUCUGCUUCCCUUCAUAUUUUAGGUUGGCAUGUUUUUGGGAUGAAAAAGAUUCACUUUUCUGGUUAGCUUUUAGCUUUAGCUCGCACAGCUGACAAUGUAUUGAUUCUCCAAACGGAGAACUCGGACUCACAACCACACUUUGUUUCAGUUAAAGGAAUAUCCCUUAAAUACUGAUAUGUGAUCAACAGUAGAUUCUUUGCCCUACUUUUGCUAGUUUGUUAAUAAUAAUAACAUUUUUAUGUAACAGAACACACAAGCUAUACACUGACCAGUCGUUUUAUUAAGUCCACCUUCCUAAUACCAGGUUGGACUCCAUUUUGCCAUCAGAUAAUUAAAUUAGGUUUUUUGGUGAUGUUUUUGGGUGAGGAGAGUUUCUCAUCUAGAUUCAGUUGUGAAAUUAGUUUUAUUUAUUAAUGUUUGGUUUAUUAAUUGAGGUAUAAGACGGCCCCCAGGGGUAAAAUUUAGGUUUUUUUAUAUGUUUUUGUUUUGUGUUGUUUUUUUUUUGUUAUAAACUGCAAGAGUACAAAUAAGUACCCACUGUUGAAAGUACAAAAACCGCAAUACCUUUAAAGGUACCACCCCAGUGGCAAUCCUUUGUACCCCAAAGUUACUUUAUUUUGUGUGGUCUAACAUCCGGCUGAUCAUAACCAUCAACCUCCAACUCCAACCUCAGACCUCUCCCUUGCCGACAUACUAUCAUUGAUGAGGGGGGCUUUGAGUUGACACUCGACAUGACUACGUCUCAUUUGGUUUUUUGUAAUGGAUCGAUUGAAGCCGAUUGAAUCAUCUUGUAGGAUCAUGGUUGAUUAAAUGCCCAAACAGCUGUAGUGUAAUGUUCCUGUUUAGACUCUGAACUGAUGAGCAUGCUGUGUUUGUACCACCUUUGGUCCGUGGUUGACCAUUAUACCAUCCCAGUAGGUUGACCACGGAAAUCAGAAACAAAUAUUUCAAGAAGAAAACUUCAUCUGUAUCUUCAAAACAUCUAUCUUGUCUGGUGUCAAUCUGAAAUCCCUCCAAUCAACUCACUCUGAAUCCCUCUCAGUCCAGACCUUUGUUUAAACUCCUUGUACUGGUACCAACAUGAGCCUUACGAGCCCUGAACCAGAGCCCUGGCCUCACCCUCUCCCUAGCCUCACGCCCCCACCGAAGCGCUCCCACAGAUGCAAUUUGAACAUUCACACUUCUACCAAUGUGCCUUUUUAGAGUUCAUAUCAUUCGAGUUGCCAGAGGAGGACAUUUACCUGGUCUUUUAAUAGGAUGCAAGCUUAGGGAAACCUGUUCUUAGUCGUUAGGUUCUAUGCAGUCAGGUUUUUUACCAGACCUGGGAAUUUAAAAAAAGCUAAAAAGGAAAAAAAAGUAUUUUUUGGAUAAAAAAAAAAAAAAAAGUAAACUGUAUUUAAUGUACUGUACACUUAUAUGUAAGUAGACAGCUUGUUCUGGCUCCAAGCUGAUGGGACAGAUGCUUGAUUUAGCAAGACUAGCCCCCCUCCUGUCCAAAUCCUCCCCAUCCCUAACCUCAAAAAUCCUCCAAUCCCCCAACCCCGCUUUCCAGUUCCAAGCCCCAACCCUGUUUCCAUGGUGAACAAUGCGUCUCUUCUUGUAUUAUAGCUUAUCAGCCUUUUAUCAAUAUUUGAUCGGCUUGUCCGUAAGCCAGUGUAGUCUUCAGUACUAAGUGUGUGGUCGUAUGUUGUAAAGCAAAUUUUCUUUCUUUUUUUUUCUCCUCUCGCUCUUUUUUAAAGAAUCUUUUUCUCUUAUUACUUUUUUUUUGUCUGUUCUGGUUUACAUGUCAAACAAUGAAAAUGGAAAAAAAAGAAAAAAAUUUAAAAAAAAAGAAAAAAGAAAGAAAUGGAACAACACAAUUUGCUAUCUGACAGCACUGUCGGCAGCCAUUUUGAAGUGGUUAAAACCCCAAAACCAUUCAACAGGAAGGCACGGAAACUGGAAAAGAGUCUAUUUGAAUAAAUCGAUCUAUAUAUAAAUGUACAAAAAUAUAUACAGUAUAUAACGAGGGUGCCGUCUCUGUUAUUUUUUAUUAUCAGUUGCAAAAAGAAGUGUUUGCUCGGGGAGGAGCGAUUUUUGUCAGAAGACUGAACUGGUGGACGACGGCGAGGCUCCUCAGUGUUAUAAAAAUUUUCAGCUGACUCUCUUGUAUUCUUUGUUGUUGCCAUGACGACACCCUCUGACCAGUACGGCACCCCACACAGGACAUAACGGGACCUGGAGAAGCCAUCGGGCUCCAUUCAACACAGACAUUUGUAAAUUGUAUGCAACAAAAUGGCAAACUUUACCAUUAUUUUAAAAUUGUGUAUGUAAAAGUUAUAUUUUUACAUGUAGACUGUUGUUACUUUGUGUUUUAGAAAUAUGUUGUAUUGUUUUUUUUUUAUUUUGUUUUGUUUUGUUUGUUUAUUUCUGCUUUUUUUAUUUCUUAAAAGAUGAAACCGUAAUUUUCAGUGUGUGUUGAAAAAUAUGUGUCACAUUGAAAAUGUAAUAAGGUAAAAAAAAUCUUAAAAAAAGUUCUUUCUUUUUUUUGUUUUUUCAUUAUUCUGUUUAUACCUAUGGGGGACGUUUCUGAGAAUUUGAGGAAGGAAUUAGACAAAAAAUACAUGUUUGUUUAAUUUUUGCAAUGCACCAUAACAUUACCAUGUUUAGUUUUUGUUUUGCAGAGAUUCGUGUAAAUAGUCAUCAGCCAUUAUUUUUCUGUGGGGUGAAGAUUUGCCAGUGAGACACAAUGAUCAUGAUGAUGAACCUGUUUUGAUUUUUGGUAAAGUUGUAUUUGUCUGGUUUCAGUAGCCAGGUGCCAACUUUUUAGUUUUGAUGGGUGGUGCUCAGUAGUGUUAGUGGUUUUGGUUGCCGACCAUCUGAAGUGUAAGUCAAACUGUUGUCUUAGCUUGCACCAAGCAUCACUUGUAUCAGGGCCGACGUUAGCCAUUACUUUGCUCCAUCUGGAAGAUUUAUUUAGAUUUUCACCAAAAAAAGAAACAAAACAAAAAAAAAAAUUUUUUUUUUUGUUUGAAGGAUCACUUCCAUUUUUAAUGCUAAAAUUUGUUACAAUAUAUAAAUAUUUGUGGUAACAACUUCUGUUUUAGGAUGGUGUAACAAAAUUUAGAUAAAUGAUGAGUAAUUCUUCACUGUGGAAUCCAAAGAGUGUAAUUCACCUUGGCGCCCCCUGGUGGCUGUGGGUCGUUUCCAACACCCGCACAUUGAUGUUUUUCAAGAUGGGGUGUAAAUGUUGAUGACGAAUUCUUAGCACCUGAUUUAAGAUUAAUAUAUGAACAUUUUGGAAAAGAUUGGAGUGUCACUAAUAUAAAGGAGCAGGUCGUCCGCAAACAAUCUCUUCAGCUGUUUCCCCAAAAAGAAAUCUGAUCGUGUGCUUGGCAGUUUCAGUCAUGUUUUUAGUGUUUGCCAUUAAAAUUGAGCUUUUUGUCAAAAGGAAAAGCUGCUCUGACUCGGACCUAGGUCAAACACUAGGAUUGAAUCUGUCAGUGUAAGUGCUAAAUGUAUUUCUAAGUAACGUUAUUUUUUUAAUGUUUAAUUUCAUGUUUUCUUUGUUGUAUAAUCAAGUCAUCUCCCGAAUUACAGUAUCCUCAUUUUUAUGUUACCCCUGGUGUUUCUAUUAGCCAAAAUGUUAACUACUUUUCUUUCUCCUCCUUGUUGUACAUACACCACCUCAUUUCUCUUUUUCAGUGACUGUGCCAUGAGCUUUGUAAUCUGUUACUCUGUACCAGUUUAACUGCAAUAAUGAGUUGAAUUCAAAAUGGC